AACUUGUCAUUCAUCAGAUAUAAAGAGGUUUACGCAGCAGCUGCUGAGAUCAUUGGUUUAAUCCUAAACUACAUGACUAAGAGAGAAAGUCAAAAUGAAGGGCCCUUAUUUAAUAUUACUAUCACAAAACUCAUGGAUUUGAGAAAGAAGGAGGUGGAUGACAAAUUUAUUGUUUGCCUGAGCAAAGUGUCCAAACACUUCCCACCCUUAAUGGAUCGAUUUGUAAAUCCUGUUUUUUACUUGCUGCCAAAGCUGCAUGGCAUUUUGAAGACACACUGCCUUGAAUGUGUGCAGAGUCGUGCUGAUGUCAUCCCUGAAAUCUACCUGCACCUGAAGACCAAAGGCCUCUCACAGAUCAUGAGCCACAAAGAUGAAGGCAGGCAGCGGGUUUGUCUGGAUAUCAUACAUAAGAUCCUGGCAUGUCUGAAACCCCAAGAGCUGAAGGAGAUUUUGGGAACCGUCACAGCAUUUGUGUCUCACCCUUCUCCUGUCUGCAGAGAGAGAAUGUAUGACAUCCUGAUGUGGAUCCAGGACAACUACAGGUAACUGACUCUACAAACCUCCUUUUAUCCAGUCCUGUUUUA